UAGUAUUAACCCCAUCUAGUAUUUUAACCUAUCAUUGUUCUCCCAUCACGUGCGCGUCAACGAAUUUCUUUGUUUCUGCCGUUUCAAUUUAGCAGAGAAUGCGCCAUUCGCGUUGUUUCGCAUGGCUGGCGCUCGUUUCGCGCGUUUUUGUCAUGCUUUCUCUCACCGUUUUGCAUUCUGGGCCAAGAUCGCCUGGCUGCUAAUUUCCAAGAUGGCGGACGAUAGUUCAAUCUAGUAAUAUAAAUAUACUACAACGAAGAAUACGAAAUAUUAAUCAUUAUGGCUGGUAGACCUAAACGAGGGGAAACAGAAGAGGACCUCCUUAAGUUUCAAGAACAGUUUAUUGUAAAUGACGGUAAACCAGCAGCCACAGUUGUGCGAGCAAAGAAAGGCGAACAAGAACAAGCAUGUGUGACUGGAGAGAAGAGACCUGAAUCACAUUCUCAACGAGAUGUGGUAGACUUACAAAGACUACCACAAGUUUUACCUGAUUUGCAUGCUGGUGCUAUGGCUCCUCCAAAAAAGAAAUCCAAAUUCAAAGAAAAAAGAAUGUUUAGAAAUAUAAAGACUGCAGCUACUGGAGAUGACAAUGAAGAGGAUGCUGCAGAACUGCUUGAAAGGCAUGAUAGGAGCCACAUAUCAACAGUACUUAGUGAAAUUAGGGAAAGAGACACUCAGAGGAGUCAAGUUUUUUUGCCUAGCAAUAUUUUACAAAAAGGAUUCCCAGAGGUCUUGCACAGAGGAAACAUCUCUGAGGAGGAGAACAAAAAGCAAGCAGCUGAUGGAGGGAAAAUAAGCCUAUUUGCUCAGCAUUUUAAAGCUUCAAAUCCAAAUUCAUUUGGUAUUUCAGCUGCAACAUCCACGACUUUUGCUCCAAGGACAAAAGAAGUUGAACCUAAAGCACCAAAAGGGAAUGUUGCUAUUCUUUCUAGCCUUGUAAGUGGAGAAGGGUUAAUCACUGGAGCAGAGAAUCAAAACUCAGCAGCUAAAGAAGUGGAAAAUAUUCACAAGGAAAAUCUCGAUAGACUGGCUACCAUGUCAAAAGAAGAAAUUUUGGAGGAGCAAGCAAGGUUGAAAUCUUCAUUAGAUUCUGGGCUGUUAUCGUUUCUUCAGUCAAGAUUGCAAAAGAAGACUUUUAACAAAAAUCAUCAAGAAGAAAAGAUGGAAACAGAAAGUGAAGGAAUUAUUCCAGAACAAAUGAAAAACUCUAAUGGAAUGUCAAAUACUGAUGACAGAAUACAGAACUUAAAAAGUGAAGAAUCAAUGGAUUUAGAGAAGGAUGGAUAUCAAACCAAUGAAGCUGGAGAAGAAAAGGCUAAACGGGUUCAUUUUGAUGACAAAGUUAAUGUGAUAUCCCAGAAUGACUCAGAGGAAAAAAUUGUUAAAGUAGAAGAGUUGGCUGAAAUGGCUUCCUCUCAAAAAUGGGUUCAUAUGGACCAUAUUGAACCAGAAAAACUUGAAUGGAUGAAAGAUUGUCCUGCUCCAAGUGCAGUUAGAAAAGAGGGUGGAAAUCAAGCUCGUUUUGCCUUCAACGGUAACCUGGUAACCAAAGAUACUGAAGUACCUGUCAAUCUCGGACUUCAUCACCAUGGUGAUAAUCCUGAGGCAGCUGGGUACACACUAGAAGAGUUGUUUAUGCUUGCAAGAAGCAACUUUUUACAGCAGAGAGUUGUUGCACUGCAAACAUUAGCUAGGAUAGUAUCACAGGACACACAAGGCAGGUUUUGUGAUGUGAUACAAGGUUGUGUGCUACAGACUCUACUUGAUACUGGUAUUAUUUUUCUGCUGCGCUGGGCACUGGAUGAUACUGCUGAUGCAGUGAUGGCAGUUGCUGUUCAGUGUCUUGCAGCAGUUGUAGUUGUUCCCAAUGAUCAGCUAUAUGCUUCUCAAGUCUUUGAAUGGCAUCAUGGACAAGAGCUUCCUUCACUCAGACCAGAAAAUGAUGAAGAGAAUAAAGAUAAGAUUGAUGACGAUGAGGAGUCCAAGCAUAAAACUGAUGCAGAAAUGGUAAAAACAGAUGUCAUCAAGGGUCUUCUUCAAAUGCGUAUAUUGCCUCGUCUUCGUUAUAUCCUUGAAGUAUGCCGACCUUCGCCAACAACUGUUCGUAGUAUACUAUCAAUCCUCACAAGAAUAACCAGCCAUUCAACUGAAGCUGGCCAUGAGGUUACUAAAUGUCCAAGGUUGAUGGAAAGCUUGUUUUCUAAUUUUCUUCCCAUCUCUUGGAAGAAGGUUGAACAAACUAUGGAAGAUAUAAGUGAUGUAUAUGGUGUGCCGUUACAAGAAGCCAUGAUGCUGCUAAGAGCAAUAUGUAGCUGUGGUAGAAAUAUAACAGCUAUCAUGAUUUCCAAACAUGGCAUGAUGGAAAGUAUUUUAUGCUACACUGCACUCCACCCUAAAGAUAUUCAGCUUUUUCUGGAUGAUGCCAUGAACUUGUACAUAGAAAGCAUUAGGACUUGGACGGUGUGCAUCAGUUAUGGACUGGCAUGUGAUCAAUUUAGAGAAAAUUUCCCAACAUUCAUUCAAAAUCUACAGAAAAUCCAAGACAUUUCAUUCAAAAAAGAAUUAAAACCAGAAACUUCCCCGGAAUGUAAAAGACUUUGUGCAUCAGUAAAGCUGCUGGAAGAAGUUAUUCACGUUGCUGGGACAACUGCUGAGUUGCAUGCAAAAAUGACAGCUUCUGCCGCCAGUGAUGGUGACAACAUGGAUGCUGACUCUUUACCCCCUCCACCUAUUAACUGGUCUCAUGUUAUGGGAUUUCUUCCUCUGGUGACUUGUGCUUUGAGCAGAUGGACGGCAGAGAUUAUUGCUGUCAAAGAUACUGCCAGUAUUAAGGAUUCCUAUGUUUCUCUUCUGUCUUCAGCAUGUAAUCUUCUUGCUUCUUUCUAUUCCAAGCUAUCUUCUCAGCCAUCAUUUGUUCCAGUUGAGUCAUUACAAGAUAUUGAAGACUUAGUUACAACUAUUUUGUUACCUCUUUGCACUUCUUCUUUUAUGGCUUCAAUGAUUCAAAACCUUGGAUCGAAUACUGCUAGCACCUCAGUGUUUCUACCCAGAGGAAUUCCUAGUCUUCCAGAGUACGGGUCCCUGGCAUGUUACUAUGAAUCACCAAAUAGUAUGAACUCGGGCACGCAUUCUGAACCUAUCAUCAAUGGACAAGCUGUUGCUUUUAUGACAUCGUUCACACGUCUGCUGUGUAGUGUCAUGGCGGUACAUAAAGGCAUAGCUCAGAAGUUUUUGCCUUUUGUCACACGAGAAGACUUGCUGGAUUAUGUUAGAAAGGCGUCAUUGAAGCCAGAGGUUCUCUCUCAGUCAUUUUUUGGUCGCUUUGUACAUCACCUACAAUACUUCGUUAUCAAGACGUUUUAUUUAGUGGUACGUUCGGUGGAUGUUAAAGACCUGGCAACGCCCUUUUCCACAUGCCAUACUGCGGCACUAGUUGUGUUCUCUCGACUUCGAUCAGGGGAUGAAUACUACGCUCAUGAUCUUAUGUCUACUGUUCUUUUUAAUCCUGAUUUCCUUCCAGAAGCCACAGAAAUAGAAGCGACUAGUGUAGCAAAAGAGUUAUCCGAGAUGAACAUCAAAUCCCAAGGAAGACCCACGCCUCCCCAGUUAUUGACUAGCGAGCCAAGGUGUUUCACACAGAACGAGCUGUUAUGCGAGGCUCAUGGGAACCUUUUGGCUAUAAAGUCUACGUAUAUGGGGUCGUUCGGGAAAAUGAGACAUGCUUUAGCAGCAUCUAGAAGUCUAGCCCUUCACCAGCCACAUGACAUUCCAUCGCUUCUGUUGCCGCCGUCACGUGAGUCUUUGUUGCCCGCUGAUUGGAUGUUCGAACCUAUAGUGGAUCUUCACAACCAAACUCUCAGCGCAGAGAUGAAAGGUCGAGGGGUUGACGAGGUCUCCAUGGGAAUGAUAAAAACAGUCACGUGCACACUGCAGAUGAUCCAGAUGCUGGAAGAAUGGCGCCCAGUCUCUUUGACGAGCGUUACCAUGGUAGCAAGGGUUGCCAGGCUCAUGUGUGUUUUCUUAACAGGAAGUGACUUAUUCCUUGAUCGUUUGGUCCGUAAUUACGUUAAAAGUCUACUCCAUAUCUAUACACGCCCAGAGUCGUUUUCACAAUUGGACUUCAAUGGAAAAGUUGCUGGGCUCAGCUCUUUUUAUGAUCUUUACAUAUCCUUAUUAUCCCAAUAUUCAGCUGUUUCAUUCGGUGACCCUCUCUUUGCUAGUUUUUUGGUUCUACCUCUGGCCCAGAGACACCACAUCAGGUUCCGUCAUGCGCUGUGGGAUGAACACGUGAGCACUUUGCGAGCUGUGUCAUUUUCUGUCAAUCAGGUGCCAGUCCCCCUGGACUACUUCUUGUACCCGGUUGAGCAAGAUGAUAUUCUUUUAUACUUGUACUUGCGCGCUUUAUCAAACCAGGAUGUACGCCCACGUUGGUGUCCAUUCUUUUAUCUUGUUGUUGUUCAUCAUGUGAACGCCUUUAUCUACCAGAGAAUUGACCCAAAGGACACUAUGCUACUAAAGAGAAAGUUGGCCCUACUGAAACACGUAAUGGCUGUUAAAGUGGAUGACACAAGAAACGACCUUCUAUAUUAUUAUAAACCAUUGCCUGACUCUACUGCUGGCAAAGCCUUUGAAUUGUUCAAGAACCUUCCAGCUGACCGCGAGAUGUUGCUUAGAAAUCGAGAAGAUCUUCAAGAAUGUAGAAAGCUUUACGAAAACAUGGCGUCUACUAAAUGAAUGAAAUAAAACAGAAUACAUGGCCCAAGAAAAUAUAUUAAUGCAGCGGUAUACGAUAUUAUCAGUUAUGUGAAUAAUAAUUGCGAAACUUUUAUUUCUUUCUAUUUGUUUUUCUUUCUUUUCGUCCUUUUUUACAAAAUAAGAUUGGCUUGACUCCAGUCUGAUCUGAAAUUCGCCACAACAUGCUGAAUUAUUACAAUGAUGCCUGCCGAACUUUAGAGCUUUAUUAGUUAAGAAAGAACAAUGCCUUUAUUCAUAGGAAGAACAGAACUGACCUUCAUCCUUCCUGCACAUCUGUUAGAACGGCACAGGUGGUUGAACUUUAGGGGAUUCAUUGGACAAACUCCUGUCGAAUUAGUGAAGUCCUUUGUCUAUUCAGGUUUGCAAGACUGAGUAAUGAAUAAUUAGCGAGCAGAGUCUCCUUUUAUCUCCUCCACCGGUGAAGGAGGUAAAAGGAGACUUUGCUCCCAAAGUUUGCUCA